AUGGUAUUCUAUGGAACAACUGCCUACGCCAUGGACUCUUUAGCUAAACGGCGUAAAUUAAAACGGAACCACGUCCUUGAUUUCCCUAGCUCGGCUGAAUCCACUGACAUCCAAUUCAAGGCGUCUCCUACCCCCAGUCAGCAGCAUCCCAUUUACCGUCAUUUUUAUCUAUCCAUGCUGAGACGCCAUUGGAUGCUCUACUCUCUCAAUGUAUUCAUCAACUGCGCAAGUACUACGUCGAUCGCGUUUUUGCCCUUGUACUUUGAGUCACCUAUGGAUGAUGCUACCUAUUCACGCGUGGCAGGCUUUCUUAUAUUUAGCUGCAUUAUGUUUGGUCUCACUGUAGGUGGUUCAUACAUUCUCUAUCCGUUGUUGCUAGUCGACAUCUUGGGACACUCUCUCUGGCCUGCUGGACUUGGAAUUUUUCUCGCGACCUCCGGAGUAAUGUCGAUAGUGGGCACCUUACUUGGGGGUAAGCUCUUAUUUUCCCAUAUUAACUUUGUUUAUACGAAGAGAAACUGGGUUUCGAUGAAUCUCCUGAGAUAA